ACAAAUCAACAAAAUGACAUAAGGAGUGAAGUCAACUAAAUCUCGGCUUAAUUUAUGCAUUGUCGAAAUGUCAAUUUUAAUUAAAUACGAAUGUCUGAAUCACAAGUCUAGACAAGACCAUAAAGAACCAUUUAUCUACUUCUUUUUUAUAAAAGACAGCUAACCCUUACUAACCAACAAAUUUUGCCGGAAAGGAAAAAAAGAAGAUUCUGUUAAACAAAAUAAUAAACAGCAAAACAGAGAACUAAAAAUAAAUAAACUGGAUAUUAUAAAAAUUAUGAAAUGUUAAAAGAAAAAUGGAUAUAAUUACCGCUCUUAUUGUUAUAGCUGUGAUUUAUGGAGUAUUGCUAUUCUUUGACAGUUUUUUUAAGACAUGUGCUCAUUAUCCAUAUUUACGUUUCCUGGAAGGAACAGGAUUCAAAGUAAAAUUUCUGAGCAUCACUUGGCAGACCAGAGCUUUCAACAGAACCUUAAUAAGAUUGGGCACAAGUAAUCCCCGUUUCUGGAAUAUAUGGUUUAGCUUAGGUCUCCAUCUAAGCCUGAUACUCUUACCAGUCUCAGUUCUUAUGUUAUUUUACAGCAUAUCCCAAAAUUUUGUUGCUAGUGACAAACAGGAUACAAGAUUUGUGAUCGAACCAGUAGUACCAGGAGUAAACUUACCAGCUUCAGAGCUGGGAUAUUAUGGAGCUACUCUCAUUGUAGCCAGUAUAGUCCACGAGCUAGGCCAUGCUCUAGCUGCCGUGAUGGAAGAUGUAAGCAUAUUGGAAGUUGGUGCUAGCAUAUUUUUCGUACUUCCUGUUGCCUACGUAAAUUUAGCUACAGAUAAACUAUUUAAGAUAGAGAGGAAAAAAACUCUUCAAAUACUUUGUGCAGGUGUUUGGCACAAUGUUGUUCUUUCAGCGGCUGCUUUCGCUCUUUAUUUAAUACUGCCAAUACUAUUUAGCAGUACCUUUUAUGUAAAUAAGGGAAUAUCUGUUACAGAGAUUGCGAAGAAAUCACCUAUUAUGGGCGCUAAAGGAUUAGCAGUAGGUGAUGUAGUUUUUAAAAUAAAUGAUUGUAAAGUAACAGACGAAAACAGUUGGUAUGAAUGUUUUGGAGAAAUAAAAAAGCAUCAGAUGGCGCUUUGUAUCGAUACUGAUUUAAUACAUAAUUUAGACGAAAGCGUACCACUGAAGCACUCAGAAAACGGAAAUUUGGACUGUUGUGAUGGUACUAAGUUUGAAAAUAUAUGUUUUGAGUACUUGGAUAGUAAUGAUGGAAUAUUAGAAUUGCCAAGUCAUGCUUGUUUGCCUGCUCGAAAAAUCGUUGAGGAAUCUCCACAUAUUUGUACUACCUUUCCUCAUUCUUGCCCAUCAAAUACUUACUGCUUCAGACCAAUACCCGGAAAUUAUACAUAUUUGAUUAAGCUUACAUGCAAAAAUAAAAUGGUUAUAUAUUUAGGACAUCCUGCAGAUAUAUACAGGACAGUAGAAGUUUCUUCGUAUAUACCUAAAUUUAUUUUUACCACCCCGACAUUGCCGGACACAAUAACUAAAUUUACAAAGUAUUUAACUAUCAUAUCUUUGGGAUUAGCGAUAGUUAACAUAGUACCGUUCAUGUAUAUGGAUGGGCAUUACAUAUUAGAAGUGUUGGGCUAUAUGCUGCUAAGGAAAAAAUUAGGAAAAAUUAGGUAUAAAGUAAUAGUAGCAGUAAUAACAGCCUUCUUUACAAUAAUUCUGGCUGUUCAUUGUGUUAUGUUCCUAUAUAGAAACGUUUUUAUGUGAUUUAUUAAAGUAAUAUUAAUUUAUCCCAUGAAUGACUAAACAUUAUUAAAACACACAAAAUUAACCGAACACUCUAAAAAUGGGACAUAUCAGAUGUCUCUAAUUUCCUAAACUUGUCCGAUUUGAGUGAAUUUUUAGUAUGUUAUAGCCUAUUGUUUACGAAAAUCGUUGUAAUAAUAUUGUUGCUAGACAGGUAAGUGUCAUUUUAUACCGGGUGUAACAAUCAUACUGUGUUUUUUCCUUAAAGGUCGGAACAGCUUGUGGAAUAUUCUAGCAUAUAAAAAAUAUUGAAAUUAAAACCCAAUUCUAGCCUUAGGUUUUCUUAAAAUUUUGAUUUUCAUUCACUUCGACGCUGCCAAGCCAAAACGGCAUAAACGCCAAAAUGAGCACUUUUUAGUUAGCUGCACGAAAAAAUAGGAUUUUAAUUUCCGCACCAGACAGUCAACGCGGAAUAACCGCAGACAAAGUGAAAUAGGUGUAAUAGAGGUUUAAAAUUUUUAUAAACGCCAGCCUAGUCACGCACGUGAACACCGAUUGACAUAAUCGCCAGUGCAAGUAAGAUUACCAUUGUGUACAGUUCGGUCCAGUCAUAAUAGUAAAGGUACGUAUUUUUACAAUGUUUAUGGAUAAGUAACAUGAUAUUACUUACCUUUGCAAUAUUUUCAAUUCGUAUUGAUUUUUGAAGCGUAAACACACUGAAUUUCUUUAAAUAUUAUGAGGCGUUUAUGCCAAAACCACAUAUUUACAUUCCUCAAUGGUAUUCUUAUGCAGGUUUCUUAUUUAAAUAUUGCGCAAAUAAAAGGUUUAUUUUAAAAUUUUCUAUUGUAACUUUGUACUAGUGUGAUGAACAAUUCAUUUUGUAUUACAGCAUAUAAUUCAAAUCAAUUUUAUAUAGCUAAAAAUGGCGAUCGAUUUUUGGCGUUUAUGCCAUUUUUUGUUGCAGAUGAAUAGCAGAAGUAAAAAAAUAACGGCCUUACUAAAUGAAAAUAAAACAUAUACCGAAUCAUUACAAAAUGAUUAUACUGACUGACAAUAAUUCCCCUUAGAGGUUUAUGACAUUUAUAAUGCCAACAUUGCAGAAGCUUUUAGCAAUGACAUUAUCAUUUUUGAGGAACCACCAGACGUUGCAGUAGAAGAAGAAAUAUUUAGUCACGAUCUCACAUCAUGUUUCAACUUAGCAGCAGAUAAUGGUUUGGGUGCCGGUAUAAGUAAUGAUCAAAAUAAGGAAAAUACAAGCAAUCAAAUCAAUACGGAUGUUGAACCAAAUAUUGACAGUGAUUAUGAAUUAGAACCCGCUAUUAUUAGAUAUCCGCUUCUAUUUGCGAAUUAUUUAAUUUAAGGAUUUCAUCCUAGCACCAAAAACACCAAGAAUUUAGGGUUUUGUUUUUAACUUAGAAUGUAUUUUUGAUUAAUAAAAAAUAAAGCAUAUCAAAAAUCUUCGUAAUUUCAUAAUUUUUCUUGUUGGCAUAAACGACAAUUUUUAAUUUUCGUUUUUUUUUUUCAUUAAUGGCAUAUAUCUCUUUUAAGCGCCAUAUUGGCUAACUUUACAACGAUGCCAUCGACACAAACGCCAUAGGUAAGUUUGGCAUAUUCACCAAUGUUAUAUCUUGAUUGGACAUAAGCGCCAUUUUCUAGUUUUUAAUUUAUUUCAGACAGUAUUUUCAGCCACAUUAAUGUUCACAAUAUAUUAUAAUUUGAAAAGUCACUGUGCAGAUAAGCAGAAUUGGUAAAAAUAAAAAUAAUCAGUUUUUUGUGUUUCCUGAAAAAUCAAGUUAAUGUCGCUUAUGCCGUUUUGGCUUGACAGCGUCGACUUAUGUUCGAUAAUAAAAGAGGUAUGUACUUUUAUAUUACAAAUGAGGUAUGCUAUUUGGUCUUGAUCAAUAUCAUUCCAAAUUUCGAGAGCUACUGUUUCUAUCUAUUGUACGGUUCUAGAAGGUGGCAAACGCUGUCGUAGUGUUCUGCCAAUUAUGUCACACAAAUGUUCGAUUGGGUUAAGAUCUGGACUAUACGAUUGCCAAUUCAAAGUCCGAAGAUUUACCCGUAAUGAGACUAACAUUUUUUUACAAAAUUUCGCCCCGGAAGCCCCCCUUUCAUCCCAUUAAAGGGAGUAAUUUGUGGUUUUUGCGAAACAUAGCCCUUCCUGUACGUUUUGCAAAAAAUUUACUUAGUAGUAAAAUAAAGAGGACUAUAUUUCCUACUAUUUAUUUCCCGACAGCAUAUGUCUAUCACACUAUCACCCACCGUUUAGAGGGGGUGGUGCCUUAAAGUUGACAAGUUUUUAAAAAAGAUGUUUAAAAAAAUUAUUUUUCCACCUACCUCUACCGAAAGUAUACUUUUCCGGACCUGAUUGUAGGGAGCAAAGUUGUACUUUUCCUCCCUAGGGAGGAAAAUAUUUUUCCUCCCUAGGGAGGAAAAGUAAAAGUGACGUCAUAGUAUUUCAUUCAUGAAAUAUAACUUAUUGACGCCCUGUAUAAUAUCUAUUUUCUAUUACGAAGUAUCUAUACAUUUUAACGUUUAUUUAUAAAACACCCUCUAUUUUGCAGAAUGGUAAAAAACAGUAAAUUGUUAUUUUGAUUUAACAAUGUUUACAUUAAUAAUUUGACUUAUAUUUGACAGUUGACAGUUACAUUGUACCUACUUGUUGUUUUAGUUCUAAUAAAUUUUGUUGGUUAGUUACAUAAAUAAAUUAAGUAAAAAUGAAAAAAUUACUUGUUAUUUGAGGAAGGUGGAAAAACCAUAUGUAUAACAUGGGAGUAAAGUGCCUUUUCCUCCCUUGAAUGAUUACUGCCCUCCGCUACGCGUCGGGCAGUAAACUUCAUUCUCGGGAGGAAAAGUUACACUUUCCUCCCUUGUUAUACAAAUAGCUAUUUCUCUAACUGUAAUGGAAAUCAAGAAAAUACCCUGUGGUAAUUAAUCACAAAUAAGUGGCUGAUUUUUUGGUAUACGUUUCAUUUAAGGGCAAUCGCCCAUUUUUUAAUUACAGGGGGUUAACAUUUUAAAAAAUCCCUUUUUAUACCAUCUGAACCGCUUAUGUUAGAGUAAAAAAACUUUUAGCGAUUAUCCAUGUACUGGUGCUAUUUACAAAUUUGUAUAAUGCGCCCCAAUUUUUCGCCGGAACCACCCCAAAAAAAGGAGAAUUAAUAUAGAAAGUGAUUUUCUUAGAAUCCUUCACACACCAUGCCCUUUAUUAAAAUACUUCAUAUAUCAUUUUAUUCACGUUCUUAUUACCCAUGCAUGGACACCAAAAACGAUUUCUUGAUGCAAUCCCUGUAGCCAAAAAAAUAAAAAUAAAAAGGGUGGUUGAAAAAAAAAAGUUUUUUUGCUUUUUUACCCAUAUGGGCAUAUGCUCCAUCAAUAGGGUUUUUCAUAAGUAUAUAUGGUUAUUGCAACAUCCCUGCGGAAACUACCCUAUCCGUGAAAAUAAACUGCAAAAACUACCCCUAUCCCUUGGCGAGCAUGUUUUUACGAUUUUCUCAUUACCUAUGUAUUUUUUUAAGCAAAACUUAUACAGAAUUAAAGACCACUAUUUUCUCUACAAAUAAGGUCCUAUGCAUUUUUUUCGUAUAAGCAACCGUUGCGGCACAGUGGCGCCUUAAACCUCAAAAAUGCUUUGGCGGGCUCCAGUUUCUGUUUUUUUAUUCGUCACCUAUUCAUUUUAUUGAUAACGUACUUAUGGAAAAUAAAAGAACACACUGUCUGCUACACAUUAUGAUCUAUGCAUAUUUUACUUUCUCUGCACCCUAAAGCCACAAUGGUGGCCCAAAAUAAAUUUUUGAUUAUUUUCUUUAUUAAUUCUCCUUUUUUUUUUGGGUGCUCCCUGGGAAAAUAUGGGGAUGCAUUAUACAAAUUUGUAAAUAAUACUUGUACAUGGGUAAACGCUGAACGUUUUUUUACUCUAGCAUAAGCGAUUCAGAUGGUAUAAAAAGGGGUUUUUAAAAUGUAACACCCUGUAAUUAAAAAAUGGGCAAUUGCCCUUAAGUGAAACCUAUACCAAAAAAUCAAUCAUCUAUUUGUGAAUAAUCUCCGCAGCAUUUCUUUUUAAUUUCCGUUACAGUUAGGGAAAAAUAUAUUUUUUUUAAAAACAUCUUUUUUAAAAACUUGUCAACUUUGGGGCGCCACCCUUGCUAAACGGUGGAUGAUAGAGAGAUGCUGUCGGAAAUAAAUCGUAGAAAAUAUAGUCCUCUUCAUAUUUCUAUAAAAGAUUUUUUACGCUAGCAUAAGCGGUUCAGAUGGUAUAUAUAAAAAGGGGCUUUUUAAAAUUUAACACCCUGUAAUUAAAAAGUGGACAAUUGCCCUUAAAUGAAACCUAUACCAAAAAAUCAGCCACUUAUUUGUGAUUAAUUACCACAGGGUAUUUUCUUGAUUUCCAUUACAGUUAGAGAAAAAUAAUUUUUUUUAAACAUCUUUUUUAAAAACUUGUCAACUUUGGGGCACCACCGUUCUAAACGGUGGGUGAUAGACAUAUGCUGUCGGGAAAUAAAUAGUAGGAAAUAUUUUUACUCUUUAUUUUACUAUUAAGUAAAUUUUUUGCAAAACGUACAGGAAGGGCUACGUUUUGCAAAAACCACAAAUUACCCCCUUUAAAGGGAUGAAAAUGGGGGUUCCGGGACGAAAUUUUUUAAGAAAAAGUUUCAUAAUAAGCACCCCUUGAUAUAACAAAAAAAAAAAUAAAACCGGACUUGUGUCCAUUUUGCGAGGUUCAACCUCUAUUUCCUACACUAAUAUUCGAUUACAGUUUGUGAACGUGAGGUCUUGCAUUAUCGUGCAUUAGUAAAAGAUUGUUACCAAUAUAAGGAGCCGAUAGCAUGGUAACUAAGUCCUUCGCUAUGUAAGAUCACUGCUUGAACACACUGAACAUACUAAAAAAAUCACUCAAAUCGGACAACAGGUUUAGGAAAUUCGAGACAUCUAAGAUGUCUCAUUUUCAAGGUGUUCCGUUAAUUUUGCCGCUGUGUGUAUAAUUAAACGUUUUGUAAAUGUUUUUAAGUAUAUGGAUACAUCACAAAAUUAUGUGAAAAUAACUUAUAUCGCGAACUCAAUCGACUGUAGGUGGCAGUGCAGUUGCAUGAAAACGGCCGAUGUAAUUGGGAUAACAUAUUUUGGUAUAAUUAAUAUUGUUAUUGACGUAAUUAAUUAAUAUAAAUAAAUUAUUCAUUAAAUGAACACAUCCGACAAGCUUUGAUCCGACGUUGAUACAUAGGUCAACGGAUGCUUUGUUUAUAUUUUCAUCCCAAUUCCUCUAGUUCCAAAUAAGCGGCAGUACCCUUGCUUGAGCUCGCGUCUAGGUAUUGAAAAGUGACUUCUGUAUAAUGGUACUUAGCUGAUCUACAUAGUAAGCAAAAAAUAUGUAUAUAAUCUUUAUGAAAAGAUAUGUGUACUGGGGCUCCUGGUUAUAUUAUUGAGAUCAACUAUAUUUUGCUCCCUUCCACAGGCACUCAAUAGUCCUUACCACCUCAGUAGUCCUUUUUUUGGUAUACUUGUUAAUCUGUUUCUCUCUGAACACUUUCUGACUUAGUAUUUGGUGCAAUACAGAGUUUGCGACUGUUGUAUUUCGAUUCCUGUUGUAUUUUUAGUUUAAGGAGAGAGGAGAACAACCCAAAUAGUUGCUGAGUAGGUGCCACCAAAUACUAUAGACUGUAAUACAUACAACUCUUGACAUUUCCCAUUACAUUUGAGGAAGCAAAAAAAUAGCGCCCUCCAGCGGUCUUGCGGUGAUAACCAGAGCAAUCUAACCUUACAUUUAUAAAAUUGCUUUAUUAUUGUUUUUGUAUAAGUGUUUGAACUAUUUUUAUUUUAAUUUAAUUUAGCAAAAUUAGCUCGUUAUUCAAAAAUUAAUAAAAUUCAUUUGAAUGUUUACGUCAAAGUUUACGUUGUCAAAACGUAGUUUCACCGCAAGCCGACAGUGGCAAGGUGCUUCGCGUGCUUCCAGAUUUCUGUGGGAGUUGGAUGUAUUACAGUCAAUAGUAUUUGGUGCCACAGAGUGUGUUGCCAUGACGUAAAAUCAUAGUUCAAGUUCAAAAAUCACGUAACAUUAUCUUCAACAAUGUAACAUUAUAAUAGCUUUACACCGUUUACGGGCAUUUCACCCAGUGUAUUUUUAGUGGCUUAACUAUGUAUACCUUGUAAUCAGCACUGAUGAUGGAAUUAUCAUUCCGAAAACGUUCUGUGAUAUAGCCCGAAUGGGUAUUUUUAAUAAUUAUACCUUUUAUAAUAAAGGAUUUUUUAAUAACAUGUUUGUGAUUUAUGGUAUACAGCCGACUACAGGAAAUUAAUUUUCUUGUGGAUUUAAUAAAAGAUUUUCUGAGAUAAUCUUUUUUUCAUGUUUCAAGAGGGGGUUAGGGUCGAUUCAGAACCGCUGUAGUUUGUGACUUUUGACCACCCAUAAGCCAGCUACAGGACUGGGUAGGUACAAAACGGCAAAUUUUUUGGGGAUAUAUAUCUUCGGUUCAAGGAGAAACAGGAAAACCGCAAAUACGCCAACCAAAUGGUGCCUAAGCGGUCAGGAUUAGACAUACGCACGGCUCAGUAUAGCCGAAAAACUAAACUUUGAAAAUUUUGGUUUUUCGACAAUUACUCAAAAUUUCAACUUACGAAUUGUGCCAAUAACUGAGCGUUUAUAGGAGUACUCUAGACGCGUCAACAGUGUAUACCUCUAAUACCUCAUAUCUGGGAAAAUUCAGUGUGUAAGUUAUAGGUAGGCUUUAUGAGUGUGAUCAAAUCUAUUUUCUAUGGAAAAAACGGGUUUUCAAGCUCAAUAAUUCCUGUAAUACCUUCAGAGUUAUCAUAUUUGACUUUGGAUGCAUCAGAUACUACUUAUCAAUACAUUUUCGCGCCACGUAAUAUUCUUAUCAGCUAUUUUGUAGCUGGAAUAUUGUGUGCGCCACUCAUUUUUACGGCGUUGUAGCGGUUUUUUAUUCUUGUUGUUUAUUUAACAAUAAAAAGUCAUACCAAUAAAACAGGAGCGUCAUUUGAAAUUUUGUUUGGGGGGGGGGCAAGCACUAUAGAUACAAUACAUUAUAUAUGAUGUAAUGAUGAAUAUUGAUGUAUUUUUUGUAAAUUUCAGUCAUUUUCAUGGACAGGGGGGGCAAAUGCCCCCCCCCUGGACGCCUAAAUGACGCCCCUGCAAUAAAAUAGAUAUAAAAUGUUUAGUUUUUGACAUUUUAGACAUUCAUGAGUGAAACAUUUUUGUACAUUAUAUUACAAUAUAUUAUAUACAAUAAGUAUAAUAAAUUAUUUUGCUAAAUUUAAA